UCCAGCUUCAUCGCAGCGACGCCGACCAAGACGUCUCAUUCUGCAGCGCCUCUCCCUCCACCGGUGACUAGUGGAUUCGCUGGCCUCUCCCGUGGAAUCUAAUCUCGCCCAGAGCCUCCCGCCAUUCCUCCACUGCCUGCCCGACUGCCUUCCCGCAGCUUGCGCUCUUGACCUCCAUCUUCUCCCCCCGACGACCUAUCCCCCAUAUCCUCCGCGAUGGCGUCGGCCAUCUUCUUCCUGGACCUGAAGGGCAAGACCCUUCUAGCCCGAAACUACCGCGGAGACAUCCCCAUGUCCGCCGUUGAGAAAUUUCCCAUCCUCCUCAGUGACGCCGAAGAAGAGAGCUCCGCCGUGGCUCCGUGCUUCUCCCAUGAAGGCAUCAACUACCUCUACAUCCGUCACAGCAACCUCUACAUCCUCGCCCUGACUAAGAAGAACACCAAUGCCACCGAGAUCCUCCUUUUCCUACACAAGAUCGUGGAGGUGUUCACGGAAUACUUCAAGGUGCUGGAGGAGGAGAGUAUCCGCGAUAACUUCGUCAUCAUCUACGAACUGCUCGACGAGAUGAUGGACUUCGGGUACCCACAGACAACAGAGAGCAAGAUAUUGCAAGAAUACAUCACACAAGAAUCACACAAGCUGGAGGUCCAAGCCCGACCACCCAUCGCCGUCACCAACGCUGUCUCGUGGCGUAGUGAGGGCAUCCGGUACCGCAAGAACGAAGUGUUCCUUGAUGUUGUAGAGUCCCUGAACCUCCUCGUAUCUGCGUCUGGUAACGUGCUACGAUCGGAGAUCCUGGGAGCCAUAAAGAUGAAGUGCUACCUGAGUGGGAUGCCGGAGCUGCGUCUGGGUCUGAACGACAAGGUCAUGUUCGAGACUACGGGUCGCGCGACAAGAGGCAAGGCCGUGGAGAUGGAGGACGUCAAGUUCCACCAGUGCGUACGACUGUCCCGGUUCGAGAACGACCGCACGAUCAGCUUCAUCCCCCCGGACGGCGAGUUCGAGCUGAUGAGCUACCGUCUCAACACGCAAGUGAAGCCUCUCAUCUGGGUGGAGUGUCUGGUGGAGUCGCACUCCGGUUCCCGCAUGGAAUACAUGCUGAAGGCCAAAGCCCAAUUCAAGCGCCGCAGCACGGCCAACAACGUCGAAAUUCUCGUCCCCGUCCCCGAAGACGCUGACUCGCCCCGUUUCCGCACCAACAUCGGCACCGUGCACUACGCGCCCGAGAAGUCCGCCAUCAUCUGGAAGAUCAAGCAGUUCGGCGGCGGCAAGGAGUUCCUCAUGCGCGCCGAGCUGGGCCUCCCCUCUGUCAAGGGCGAUGACGAGCACGGCGGCGGCAUGACCGGUGGCUUUGGAGGCAGCAUGGGCGGUACCGGCCAGGGCAAGGCCAAGCGGCCCAUCAGCGUCAAGUUCGAGAUCCCUUACUUCACCACCAGUGGUAUUCAAGUCCGUUACUUGAAGAUUACUGAACCCAAGCUACAAUACCCCUCCCUCCCAUGGGUCCGAUAUAUAACACAAUCAGGCGACAUUGCUGUCCGCAUGCCAGAUGUACAAUGAUGUAAAGCGUUUUCUCUUUCUU